ACACGGAUCGCGUAAUUGUUCGCGACAAACAGCGAACCUCGUACGAUGAAAAACGAAACGAAGAUUCGAUCGGUCGAUUACGGCCUGCCGACUGCCGUUUCAGCCGGCAUUCGAGUUACGAAAGUUCAGAUAAAAUGUGUCGUGGAAACCUUGUGUGACGGUAGUUCGUGCUCGCCUACUGUGACGCUGGUAAAUCGCGAUAUUACGUGGAACGUUGCAAGUCACAGAAAAUUGUUCUCGAUCGGUACGACAAGGUAGCAGAAAAUAGCGUUAAAUCUUGCUGCUCCGAACCGCUUCUAUCUCCAAGGGAAACUGUCUUUAGAAUCGAAGAAAAUGAUAAGGAAUUUUUCCAUUAGAUCGUUGGCUAGAUUACAAAUGCUAAAAAGACUUUGAAACAUUACCCAAAGAUCCAAUUGCACUCGACAAAUUAACAAUAGCUUAUCAUUUAAUGUUACAAUAUCAUUGUCAGUAAUAUAAUCAGAUAGUAAUUAGCAGAGGAAAGAAAUUUCAUCGAUAACAAUCGUUAUCGAACACAGCACCUUCCCGUCAUUUAUAAACGAUCGGAAUCGAAUACCUCUUGAUCUAGCAGUUUAUCGAUCGGCUGAUACAUGUAUCUAUCUAUUUAAAUGAUUAUUUCGAAUGAUUUGCUAAUUCGCUAUAGAGAUAAUAUUGUCCAAUAAAAUGACACGAAUGAUGUUAAUAAUGUUGUCGGUGAUCCUAAUCGCAAUCACGAAACAAGAAAUGUUGAAAUUCUACUUGAAAUGCUCCUUAAACGUCCUACUUGAAAACUUGACAUAAAUUGUUUCUACGAUCUCGACACGUUCCGAUACACUGUUUACAAAAGUAACUAAUUUCGAUUAGGUAUCGUUUAGAUAAACAAAAAUAAUCAAUCAUUCCUGUUGAUUCUGGACAAAUUAAAUGAUACAAAUGAUUUAAUUAGUCAUCCUAAUAAUAACAACGCGAUACGUAUUUGAUUUUUCCAAGUUUUCGUUUUAUUUAUCGAUCAAACGAAUUUAUCAAACUGCUCGAAUUGACAGUGUCGAUGAAGGAAAUGAUUGGAAAUUUAUUUUCGAGCAUGCACGCGUGUUUAUUGAAUAUUCCAAGUAAUUUGUCUACCGAAUGACAAAAUAUUACGUCCGUAUCGUGAUUUACGGAUCGACAUAUUUGUUUUCAUCGAUUGUAAUACGUUCACGGCGUGCACGGUUUAUUUCAACGGUUAAAACUCCACUUUUUUAUGGAUUUUUCCCGGCAAAUUUUUCCAUCCGCUGUUUCAAAGAGUCUACGAAUAAUUAUAAACACGUAGAAGGGAGCAAACGUAUAAUCAAACGAGCUUGCGAGCUCAACAACGUUUUGCCUUUAGUAUUUUUCUUCUUUUUAUCUGUGUGUGUGUGUUUUUUUAUCAUAUACGGGAUUAAAAAUGCAACACGCAAACGACGUAUCAUGCUUCAAUUAAGGCGAAUGCAUCCGAAACUCGUUGCAUCCCACAGGAAGGCGAGUUAUUUUAACAUUACAAGUAUUUCCUUGCGUGACGGUUUUUCCAAAAGAGUUUGUUAACAACCGUCCGUCCCGUUCCUCGCCUGACCGAUUCAAAAGUUGUUGCCUUUAACGAGCCAUGUUUCUGUCCCCUAAUGAAAUCGUGACUCGCUAGACAUGUACAAAAUAAAUAUAUAUAUAUUAUACCAGUCGCAAGGCGUUUGCCAACGCUCAAAAAGUUGGGAAACAUGGUUGCUAGUUUGCUCCAAGUUUUGAAAUUUGUUCACUCGUGCAACGUGGUCCAGCUGUAAUUAACCCUUUCGCUACACUCACUCGUCGCGUAUUAAAAGGAAAAAAAAAAAAGGGCAAAAUAGACCGGGACGGAAUAUAUAGAGUGUUUCAUUUAUUUCUACUAUUCUCAAUUCUUUUUGCAAAAUAUUUCGAAGAAGCAAAAUAUUUUUAGCUAUCGAGAUAAAAAAAUGUUAACGAACGUCAUCUGGUAAAAAAAAUAUGAAUAUCGUAAGAUGAAAGUUGUAUUCGUAAUAUCGUUGGAACGCAUUGCUUCGCAAUGUCGCCUGGUAUCCACGGGAAACUUCUUUCUGCAGAGUGUUUGGACCGUUCGAACCGAUUUCCAAUGUAAAUUUACAAGCUCGCAGCGACAGUUUGGCUCGGUCUGCGGAUACGAUUUCUAUCGAAUAUUAAUGCACGGACCGCGGGCUGCUUUUGACCCGCUCCUGAGACCCGAUUUUACGACCGAGAACUAGAAGAAAGAACAAAACACAGCUGUGGGCUGACCUGUGUCGCGUCCCACUUUUAAAGAAUAUCCCUUACGAUUCGGUACAUUUGCUAUUUUUUAAUAGAAUUCUUGGAUUUUCAUGGAAACAAAUGUUUACUCCAAAAAUUGUCCAAGGAAAAUAAAUUUUUGAAAUUGUUUACUGUAAUAAUCUUCGCCGAGACGAUUGCUCGCUAAUUUAAUUACUCGAUGGACGGAGAAACUUCCGCGAAAUUUGUUUAUUCUUCGUUAUAUUACCAAGUUCCGAACUUCUUGUCCCCGGAUACCUAAUUUCAUUAAUCACCGAGAUAGCAUUUCAACGAAACUUCCAACCGGUAAUUUUUUAACCAACAUUUCUGGUUUCAGAAUUCCUUUCAUCGUAAUGAACCAUAUUUUCUGUCGAUAUGUAUAGAUUGUUUCAUAUCGAAUGGCCAAUUGCACGUAAGGGUGUUAAUCAAAGAGUUAAUAGGGAGAAAUCAUAAGUUUCUUCGAGUUCUAAUUAACGAAGGGCAAGGCUUUCAACGCAUAUUCGACCAUUCGCGAUUAAGUAAUUGGUAACGAUAAGGAAUUAGCAUGGAAGUGGCAUUACGUUGCCCGAUCCAAAGUUAAUCUUUAAUUUAUGCUAACCGUUAUUACCUGGCAGGCUAGCCUUUAAUACCGCUCACACGAAACUCUGUUCGUAAAAUUGUUUCCCGGAUGAAAGGAUAAUGCCAACUACCAGACGGAAAGAUGAUAACGCGAUCGUGUUGCGAAAGAAUUCGCUGAAACAGUAACUAGGAAAAGAAAAAGAACGAAAAAAAAAGAAAGAAAAAAGAUUACUCGAAGAAAUAGACGAGAGAUAACAAGGAAUUUGUAAUAAAUUUCGUCAUUUCAUUUAUAAUGAUCUACCUAAUACUUCCUAACUCUCUUUUUUUAUUUUUCUGUCUCGUUCUUCCUCAUAUUGAUAUCGUUUCUCUCUUGCUUGUACUCUGUUCCUUUCAAUACGAGAAGCAGUUUUCACAAUCUCGAUGGAACUUCACCGACACUUGACCCAUUAAAGUGUAUUAAGUUUAUCAAGGAGCAAACAACUGGUGUUCUAAGCGAUAGGUAGAGAAAGGAUGCAAACAACAAAUUGCAUGUUUCAUGCAAAUCGCGAGGAUAAAGUUUUCUAUCAAUUUUUUCUUUUUUUGAGUAAACUGGAUUUGAUAAAAUCACGGAAACCACUAUCUCUGAACGCGGUCCAUGAUAUUUAUUAGGGACACAACUUUAGUUAAGCGAGGAAAGAUACUUCGUUUAACUCGGAAGCAAAAUGGAGGAAAAGUGAGGCUAAAGCAUAACGAGCGCUAAGUAUUAUAAUAUAAUUUUUGGUUUUACUUUUCCCACGUUUGUCAUAAAUUUUAAAUUUCCCGCAGCGGAGAACGCAGCCUUAAUGGAUUUAAAAAUGUAAUGAAACUUGACUGGAUUAAAAAAUCUUAGAUUUUCCAAGCCUGAAACUUAAUCACCGUAGCUAUCGAUCGAUCCGCCAUAAAAAGCUAUUGAAAGGUAGAAAGAUUUUCGCGAGUCAAUUCAUCGGGAAACGACAUUUUCGAAUCGCCCUGAAAAUUUCUACGAUAUCGAUGGGUUCCUGAAUCCUCGAAAUCUGAAGGACGGUCCAACGAGAGGAAUAUUUCCUCGACCAUUUCGGUCGAACGAUUCGGGGGAAUAAUUUCAAGGUAUAUCGACGAACGUCCGGUCAGGAACGAUCUUGUUUAUCCAUAUCGAGGGCGAAUUGAAAUUGAUAGAAAGGAAAGAAAGGAGUUGGGCAGGAGGCUAUCUUCGAGGAUUAGGUCCGUUCGACUCGGUCAGCUAGGAAAAGCGAAGGAAAAUAUUGGCGGCGAGGAAGCCCUGUAUACGUCAACAAAAGCGGCAGCAGACUGCCGAUCGACUUUCAAAGCUGUUUCCGUGUAAGCUUCACGAAGACCCCUUUGGGACGAAGAGUGCACUCGAACGUCGAUCUCUCUUUCGAUUUAUUCCAUCUACAAAUAUAUACUGGGUGUUCAAAAAUUUGCCUCCAUUGCAUAUUGCAUUUUCGCCCAAAUAUCAAGAUAAAGAGCACGCGUCUGAAUAUACUGCAGUAACUGAGAACCCUUAUUCUGAACCGCACGGUCCUUUUGUAGAAAAGACAAAAACUAGUUAGCGAGUAAUCAGAAUCAGGAAGUACUUUCCAUUAGAAAAAGCUAACAUGUUACCAGUCGGUGUAAGUUGAAGUACCGUUGACUGUCCGAUCGGACUUAAACAUUGCACAGUGACCAUUUGGAGAAGGUAAAUGUUGGAAAUUCUAAAUUUAAUAUAAACGAUCAACGUGGAAGAAAACGUGAGUAACGAAGAGACAAAGGAAAAUUUGGCCGAUAUAAUGAUUAAUCGACACGAGUAAAAGUGGCUGAAAGAGAAACAAGCCUGAUGGAAAGUAUAAUAUCAUCAAGUUUCGUUCUGAAAAAAGAAACACGUACACGGUUUGGUAUCUUGGAAUAACCAUAUAAUCUAUUUAAAUAAGAAAAAACCAUCAAAGAAGGAUAUAAUGCGAUGAAACGAAAGAAAAAAAUACACGGUGUAACGAAACAUUGCGUAUCAAAACGAUAACCACCACGUUAUGGAACUCGUUAAUGACGUCGCGUUGCACCGCAAUUUGCAUGCAAAUAUCUCGAUACGAGGCUGAGAAACUUCUUUCACUGUUCUACCUGAAUUAUUCCACGAGAAAUUUACAUCAAACUAAUUUCGUGUCUUUCGUACGACCGUCAGAUCCUCGUAAAUCAAUGAUUUCCAGGAGUACAUUCUUUAAACACAACCUAUUAUUAUCAUAAAUACUGUAAAAGUGAGCUGCUUUUUUAUUAACACACUCUGUAUAGACACACCUUUGUAUGCUUCUUGUGCUCAUUUUACAAAAGUAACACACGAGGGGAUUUGAACGCUAACUGGGUAAAAACUAUAAUGGCGAGUCGUGUUAGUUGAGUUUAAGUUAGAUUUGGCAGCGGUUCCAAUUCUAAUGGUAACAUUUAGCGCGUUUGUUUUCCCAAAACUUACUCCUCUUCGCGAAAGGUCAAAAGUCUUGGAUCAAUUAAAAAAAAAAAACUAGAUAUUAUUAAAAUUGAAUAACAUUUAAUCUCUAAAUAUAACUUUUAUUUACAAUUAAAAAUGUUUAUUUAAUUAAUUACCACCUACCCCUAAUUUAUGCCAGAAUCUCCUACAACUAUCCUAAGUUUCAAGCCUUGUCUCCCCUUUCCAUCAACGUUCAAAUUUCCUUACAAAAAGCAAAAAAUAUUCACCCUAUGAUACCGCGUUACACUACACCCCUAUUCCGGUCCCGGGUCUCCCGCGCCUCCACCUUUAGCAAUGACACAGAGGAUGCGUACCACCCCAUAGUUUUCUAUCUACGUUUGCUCGAAACUGUUUGAGGUGGCUCGAUCGAUUUUUUUGCUUGAGUCGUCGCAAAAUAUUCGGCGAUAUCAUUCGUCAUGAACGAGACCAUAUGCCCAUCGCAAUUCGAAUAAAAUAUUAGAUAUUCCCCGAACGCCAGCUCCUAUCUCCUCUAACGUCUCGCGACGCGAUUCAUCGAGGUCGUCGCGUUUACGAGAAGCGAUAAAAGAUGGCCUUCUUGCAGUACUUUGGGAUCUUUGUACUUUUAAUUGUUUAUCAAGUACAAGCUAAAGUACCAGAACUUAAGGUUUCUACGCAGGAUAUUAAAGUCCAUUUACAUAGUAAGGAGUCAUUUGAAUUGUACCUGACGCAAAACCUAACUGAAAAUGUAUUGGUAAAAAUAGAAGUACAGCAUCCAGAUUUGGUUGCUACUGAACCUGCUAAUUUUAGUGUUAAUGCAAGUGACAGUAAUUACAAAUGGAACAUAAUUAUAAAAGGUCUAGGUGCAGGACAUUCAGUUGUGGCUGUUAAUGUUACUCCUAGUAAUGUUACAGAUUUUUCAGAUGCAUUUGUCAGAGUCACAGUGGAAAGAUCUGACAUUAUAUACCAUGUUAGUACCGUGGUAGGAUGGGUAUAUUUUUUAGCAUGGAGUGUCAGUUUUUAUCCGCAAAUUUACAGUAAUUAUAAACGUAAAAGCGUCGUAGGAUUAAACUUCGAUUAUUUAUCAUUAAAUCUGAUCGGUUUUAUUAUGUACUCAUUAUUUAAUUGUGGCUUGUAUUGGAUACCCGAAGUGGAGCUUGAAUACUUUAGACGAUAUCCUAAGGGAUUAAAUCCUGUACAAGUGAAUGAUAUUUUCUUUUCCUUACAUGCAGUAUUUGCUACUGUGAUAACUAUUAUUCAAUGCUUUAUUUAUGAGAUAGGAAAUCAGAAAGUAUCUAUUACAGCACGUAUUAUUCACGUAAUAUUCGCCGUCUUUAUAUUAAUUUCUACGAUCCUAGCAAAAGUACAAACGAUUACGUGGCUUGACUUCUUGUAUUAUUGUAGUUACGUUAAAUUAUGUAUAACGUUAAUUAAAUACGUUCCACAAGCAUUUUAUAACUAUAAGAGAAAAUCUACCGUCGGUUGGAGCAUUGGCAAUAUAUUCUUAGAUUUUACUGGUGGUAUCUUAUCGAUGCUACAGAUGAUACUAAAUGCAUACAAUUAUGACGAUUGGGAAAGUAUCUUUGGCGAUCCAACGAAAUUUGGUCUUGGAUUCUUUUCAGUUGCAUUUGAUAUAUUUUUCAUUCUACAACAUUACGUUUUUUAUAGAGAUAGACAGAAUGCAAGAAGUAAUGAAAUACUUCAUAGGCAAGAAAAUUCAGAUGAUGAAGAAACAAGGACCUGUUGCGGUUUUAUAAAAUAAAAAUGGGUUUACAUUGAAAAAUAUUUUACAAAAUUUCGUUCCAAUGUGAAUGAAGCUACAGUAUUCUAUACUUAAAAUCAUUUCAGUGAAUAUUCGUUAUUUUAUUAAACUUCUUAUGUAAAAUUUACAUAAUGUUCAAAAUUUUAAAAUGCAUUAGAUGCAAAUAUUAUCUAUUCCACAUUUUAAGUGUCUAAAAGAAUCUCAGUCGGUUGUUAACUGCAGGUAAAUAAAAGGAAAGAAACAUGUGAAAAAUGAUAGACUAUAUUGUUAAUAAAGUAUUAAAUGAAAAUGAUAGCAGAUUUGAAGUGCACAACAGUGAAAAUGAUCAUUUCAUCAUAUGAAUUUAUGUUAAAGUGGUAAUAAAAAUUGUUUGCAUGGU